CUUCCGCGUUCGCGCCCUCGGGUAGGGGGUGGUCAUCGGAGGGGCGCGGACCGCAGCGCGGGUCCGGUCGGGAACCUCGAGAGGGGAGCCCGGCCCCUAGGGCCGCAGCAGGUGGAUACUGAGAACUUCCUGGCGGAGGUGGCGCGGCGGAGGGUCGGAGGUGCGGAGCAGUCCAGCCUGAUGGCGGCAAUCCUGCCCCAUCUCGGAGACCAGGACUUGGAAGCUGUAUUCCUGACAGCUGGGUGGAAGGAGUUGCUGUCCUUUGAGGAUGUGGCUAUGUACUUCACCAGAGAAGAGUGGAACAAACUUGAGUGGGCUCAGAAGGACCUCUACAGAGAUGUGAUGCUGGAGAAUUACAGAAACAUGAUCUUGUUGGGAUUUCAGUUUCCCAAACCUGAGGUGAUCUGCCUGCUGGAGCAGUGGGAAGAACCAUGGAUCCUGGAUCUACCAAGAGCUGGGACUAGGAAGGCUUCCAGUAGUGCUUGCCCAGGUUCUGAAGCCAGAUGCAAGAUGAAAAAGCCAACUCCAAAGCAGAAAAUUUCUGAAGAUUUAGAGUCGUCAGUGGUGAAGCAGACAACAGCCAACAGAUCUGCAGAAGAGUUACAUAAAUGUAAUGAAUUGGUGGACAUUUACAGACUUGCAUUCCCCACUCUUGGUGAUGAAUGCCACAAGGACUUCCUUCAAAACCUCCAACUUACUCAAGAUCACAGUGCUCAAAUAAGGAAGAAGCAGGGCAAAUGUGAGGAGUAUGGAAAACCUUUCAGUCAGAGAUCGUUGCUUUUGCGGCAUAAGCAAAUUCUUACAAACGCAAAAUCUUAUGAAUGCAGUGAAUGUGGAAGAGUCUUCAGGCGUCAGGCAAAUUUCAUUCGACAUCAAAGAAUUCACACAUCAGAGGAUCCCUUUGAAUGUGACAUAUGCGGGCAAGCCUUCAAACAUAAGUCUACUCUUCUUGUCCAUAAACAGUGUCACCCUCAAAAAAAGCCAUAUAAGUGUCAUGACUGUGGAAAAUUUUUCCGUCAGAUGGCAUAUCUUAUUGAACAUAAGAGGAUCCAUACCAAAGAAAAACCCUAUAAAUGUAGUGAGUGCGAAAAAACGUUUAGUCAGAAUUCAACCCUUAUUCGACAUCAGUUAACCCACAGUGGAGAAAAACCCCAUAAAUGUCUCGAAUGUGGAAAGGCCUUCGGUCGGCAUUCGACCCUUCUGAGCCAUCAACAGAUUCAUACUAAACAAAACACUCACAAAUGCAGCGAAUGUGGAGAGUCCUUUAGCCGGAAUGUGGAUCUCAUUCAGCAUCAAAGAACCCACACCAAGGAGGAAUUUUUUGAAUGUAGAGAAUGUGGAAAAACUUUUAGUUUUAAGGCAAAUCUUCAUCGCCAUGAGGUCAUUCAUACUGGAGAGAGACCCUACAGAUGUGACAAAUGUGGAAAAUCUUUCAUCUGGCGCACAAGCUUUAUCAAGCAUCAGGGUACUCACAGAGAACAGAUAUCAAUGUGAUACUAACUGGAAAAAGACCAUUUAAAGAUGAGAACUUACCACUCUUGUAAUUAUGUGUAACUUCAUUGUUUUAUGAAAACUCAUAAACAGGAAUUGAAGUGGUUUUGCUGUGGGGACCCUCUUUUUGUAGCUAAGCCUUCUUGCUGGAGUCAAGAAUUACUAGAACAUGUGGGGCGCCUGGGUGGCUCAGUCGUUAAGUGUCUGCCUUCGGCUCAGGUCAUGAUGCCAGGGUCCUGGGAUCGAGCCCCGCAUCGGGCUC